AUGGGUAAAGGAAAACCAAGAGGUUUGCAAGCUGCACGUAAAUUGCGCACACAUCGCCGCGAUGAACGGUGGGCUGACAAAUCUUAUAAGAAAAGGGCAUUGGGUACAGCUUAUAAAUCAUCACCCUUUGCCGGGGCUUCACACGCUAAAGGCAUAGUUCUCGAAAAAAUUGGUGUAGAAGCUAAACAACCAAAUUCUGCUAUUCGUAAAUGUGUUCGUGUGCAAUUAAUUAAAAAUGGUAAAAAAGUAACCGCAUUCGUUCCCAAUGACGGUUGCUUAAAUUAUGUAGAAGAAAAUGAUGAAGUGUUAAUUGCUGGUUUCGGUCGUAAAGGGCGAGCUGUAGUUAAAGAUUUAGAAGGAUAUGGUUUUUCUAGAGGACAAGCGGAAGCAAUAAUGAGAGUACUGGAAGCUUUAUUAAAUAAUAGUUCAAGGAUACGAUCAUUUAUGCUAUCAAAAGCAGACUUAGAAAAUGAUUUCCGAACCGAAAUUCAAAUUAAUCGUAAAAAGAAUUUAUCAGACAUUAGUUCAGAAACGGCAGAGAUUCAGCGAGAAGUUUCUGCAUUAAAACAAAAAUUCCAAGAAAAUAUUGCGACAAUGAAUAAUGGUAUACAAUUAGAUAUUAAUAAUCGUAAAGCGGAAGUAAGGGAAGAACAAAAAAAAAUGGAAUUAAAUAUACAAGAGUUGAAUAAUAAAUUUACAAUUGCAAGUGGAGAUAUUCGAACAGAAAUUGAAGCAAUGAAAUGGGAAACGACAAGGAUGGCUUUGACGGUUCAGACGAAGAAUUUAACAAUAAGUUUGGCCAUUUCUAACCCGACAAUGUUGGCAAUUGGACCAAUUGGACUUAGUAAAACUGUGCCACAUUUUGAAUUGGACAUAUAG